AUGUGGUCAAGAUUUGUUGGCCAACUCAAAAAUGCUAAUCAACAACCUCUUGCCUCAUUGUUUGGUACAUCAACACCACCACAAUCCGCUUCCUCAGCCUCAAGGAUACCUACAAAACCUUAUAUGAGAAGAAAGUCUAUCACUGGCUCUUCAAAAGAUCCACGACUAUUAGAGAGAAGGCGGAAAAGUACUUUGUUAGGGAAUUUACCAGAGAAUUUUUCAGAGCAAGAGCUUACACCGAAAAUAAUUCCUGCUGAACAAUUACAAGAUCUACAUUCAUACUUUGAUAAAUGGGAGAAUUCUACAGUUGACGAGCGAUAUUUACUUGAAAUAAUGAUUGAAAAUCAACUACCCGAGGCUUUGAUAAAAACAUUUUAUAAUUGUCUUCAAUUUCUGCCAUUAAAAGAUUCAAAUUUAAUUGAAAAUGCCGAUAACAAAGAUUUAUCAAAGUCAAAAUCACCUUGGAUAGUUGUAUCAGAUAUAUUAGCCGAUAUUAUUGUUAAUUUUGUAACUAAUGAAAAAAUAUUAAAUAUAUUGAUUGAAAAAGAUUUAUUGUUUUUAUUGGUAAACAUGAUAUUGUCACCAAAUAAUGAUCUAUCAGAUGACAAUCAACAAAAAAAUAUAUGGCAUGAUAGAUCUCUUGAAAUCCUUACCGACCUUUUUGCGUCCACUGUCGUCAAUAUGAAACUUUUAAAAUAUUUUCAAAAUAAGGAUAUUUUGGGAAAAAUCUUUAAAAUUAUAAAUAACAGUUUAGAUCUUGAAAAUUUUAAAUUCAAAGAUACCCAACAAUUAUUAUACGCUUGUUUUUUGCUUGUUGAAUUAUUGCAGGGAACUUAUGACAUUUCAUCUGUUUUCUUGGAAGAAUUUUACAAGAUGAACGGUUAUGAAGCAUUUUUUUAUUUACUUGUAUUACCUCCAUUUGAAGAAUCGAAUGUUGAAACUAAAGAUACAUUAAUAACUAUGGUCGAAGAUUUAGUUUUUGCUGGUGUAUCUGAACUAAAACCUAUCAUACCACAUGGAACACCAUACCAACACAGUGAUUUCGAGUUGCCUACCCCAAAUGAAGAUGAUGGAACGCUUUUUCGUAAUGAAAAGGCACUUCAAGUUUUAGCAUCAACACUUUUAUAUCCAGAUAAUAGUUUGUCACCAUUUCAAACAAGGAUAGAAAUAUCAGAUUCUAUUGAUAUUCCAGACUUGUUUCGUCAAAAAAUAGUUGUUGCAAUUGCUGAAAUUUUCAAAUCAAAUUCAUUGAAUUAUUUUCUUACUGAAUCCUUAAAUACAUUACCAACUUUGAUUGAAAAACUGGAUAAUUUUUCUCCAAAAGUUCAGAGAUCAAUUCUAGACCUAUUGGUCUUUGUUAUGGUUGAUUUGAAUUAUGUGCCUUUUCGAGAACUAGUUGUAUUGUCUCUUCAUUUUCAAGGACAAUCUUUGAAACAUACAACUGCAAUUGCAUGCGAGACUGUGAUUUCUUUAUUACAAUUUGCGUCAAAGUUUAAAGAUGUCUUUAGAGAAAUAGGACUGUUAAAUAUGUUAUGCAGUCUUCUUCAAGAACUGGCAACCACUUUACAAGAUCAAUUUGGAAAUCCACAAUUUAUGAAAAGAAUAUCAAUAUCACAUUUUAAUGACUUUAUGGAACAGAAAAACAAAAUAAAAAAUCGUUUUGGAUCUGAAGUAAUUGAAAACUUUCAAUUGAUAUCAGAAUGCUUGGUAGAGCUAUUGAAAAAUAAUAAUGCAAAUUUGUCCUUAUUUGGUACUGCUUAUAAAGGCAAUUUAUUUGACUUACUACAUUAUGAUGAAACUCGUGAUGGGGCAUUAGGGAUUUUUGAAACGUUAGUUGUUCAAAGUUAUGUACAAUUCAAUGCAGAGCCACAAACACCAAAGCAAACUAUUUCAAGAAUUUCAAUAUCGUCAACAUCUACCAUUGAUCAUUCUUUUCAAUUUGGAAGACUUGUAGAAAUUGUCCAAUCUCUUUCCAGAUUCGAUUUAAAAAUGAAAAAGCAUAUCUUAUGGUCAAUGAAGCGUAUAUUAAUCGCGUGUCCUGAAAUGAAGGAUGUUUUUCGUGAGAAUGGCGGCUUUGUGUGUCUUGUUAGUUUAUUAGUUGGAUUAGAAGAUGUCUACAAAAAAUUUUCUUUAAACACUUCUGAUGGCGAAAUGAAUAGCAAUAAUAAUAAUACUUUAAAAGGACAAAAUUACGAAUCAUGCGAAUUUCCAACAAAAAUUCAAGCAGUAGAUACAUUAAAGGCAAUUUUUUCACUUUUUGCAGAGGCAAUGUCAAGACAUGAUUUCAAUCGAACCUUUUUCGGCAAGACUAUUGGAUAUAAAUCAGUAGAGGAUGCCAUAUGCCUCACUGGAAUUCUUGAACCUACCGGAUCCCCAAAUGAAUUUUUUGGAAUAAUUUUUGGAUUUGCUCUUGAAGAUGAUUUUGUUCAUGAAAUCUUUGUUGAAAGAGAGCCUGAAGAUAUUCAACAAGUUGCUGAUGACAAGUCAAGCAAAAUCACUAAAUUAUUAGGUAAUAUGACAGAAGAAAUAAAAAAUCCAGAUGUUAUAACUACAAUUCUUAGGUUACAAUCACUUGUAAGGUAUAACUCAAAGCUUAAUUAUCAAAUUUAUGAUGCGCUAUUGGCUCUUGCCUUUGCUAAUCGAAGGAACCAGAUUAUGAUGAAUCAAUAUGGUGUGCUUGAGAUUGUAUUACAACGAUUGUACCUUUUGGCACAAAGAUUGAUUGAAAUGGGUGUUACCACUAAGGAAAUACGAUUUUUGUUUGAACAAUUUAAAAAUGGAAAUAAUUUACCAGAAGAAAUCCAUAUAGAUUUACAAGGUUCAUUCAUGAAUGUAUUGGAUAUGGUUCUUUUUGGGGUACAAAGGAGUCGAUGGCCACGUUUUAUUCAAUUUGAUAUGUCACAAUAUGGUUAUUCUUGUUUUGAAAUGAGUAGCCUAACUGAUAGGCAAUUUCCGCCUACUAAUGGUGGUUAUACUUUCAUGAGUUGGCUUGAUAUUGAGAAUUUCGAUUCGAAAGUUGAUUUAUCACUUUUGGGUUUAAGUGAUGAUGAAAAAAGAUGUUAUUUGCAUGUUUUUUUUGAGUCAAGCUCCCAUAAACUUGUUGUUCAGACUUCUCCUAAACAUGCAACUAAAUUUGAUAGUUAUGAAUUUCGAACUGGCUGUUGGUAUCAUAUAGCGUUAGUGCAUAAUAAGUCACGUUUAGGAGCUCCAGCCGCGAUGUCUUUGUAUGUGGAUGGACGAUAUGUUGAGAUGAUAAAAUGUUCAUAUCCAACACAGCCUAUCACAAAUAAAUCUAUAAGGGUUUUUAUUGGAACACCCAAAGAUUACGCACAACAAUUAGGAAAAGGGUUGGCACGACUAGCUUGGGAUCUUGGGCCAUGUUAUUUAUUCGAAGAUGAUUUGGACGGUGAUAUUGUUAGUGUCUAUUACCAUCUUGGCCCUCGUUAUUGCUCAAAUUUCCAAGAUUCGCUUGGCCAAUUUCAAACCUACCAAACUUCAACUUUGUUAAAUAUGAGACUUGAAGCCCUAAGUCGUCAGCGCAAAGAUACUAGUGUAGAGUUAGAACAUUCAGCCAUAGUAAAUGCUAUUCGAGGUAACAAUAGUCAAACUCUACCUGAAGAAAAAAUUAUUUUUGCUUAUAAUGCAAGUAAUGUGCUUGUAUGUGGUCAAAAUGCUAGUAUUCUUGGAUCAGGCUUAUCUGGAGGAACUUCUCAAGCAUUAGUACUCGGAACUGCGAAUACAAAAGUUAUUUUAAAUGCUUCCGUUCCAAAGGUUGAACGUGCUUUAAGAGUUCUUCAUGGCGUUGGAUAUUUGCAAGGCGAUCCAGUUACAGCUAUUCCUUAUGGAAUGGAUGAUUCAAUUUGGAAGAUUGGAGGCUCCGCUAUAGCUUUAAGAUUAAUAGAUCUGGCCGAGACAACAACAGAUCUUUAUAAAACUGUUUGCAUUCUUAUUGAGUUGAUUCGAUUCAGUUGGAGGAAUUCAGAAGAUAUGGAAAGGAUUCAUGGUUAUGAAAUUUUGGCAUAUUUAUUAAAACAAAAACAAGGGCUUUUGACUUUGGAUCUUUUGAAUUUAUUACUUGUUUUUGUUGGAUUAAAUCCAAUCAAUUUAACGGAUUCAGUUAUUAUUAAUCCUCUUGCUUACCGAUUCCUAUUACUUGAUUUUGAUUUGUGGAAACAUGCUGAUGAGAAAGUGCAAAGAGCACACCUGCAACAAUUUGCUACUUUUAUUCAAUUAAGUCAACAUCAUCAUUUUAAUGCUAAACGUCUUAGCAAAAUGCAUGUUGUUAAAAAAAUGUUGGUGGCUUUGAAAACAAAUAUUUAUUCAAACGAUUUAUUGACUGAUUUUAUUAAAACUCUUAAGAUAGUAGUUAAAUACAACUUCACCACGGAAGUCAUAAGAUCAAUUGCAACUUUUCUUGUUUCAAUUUUAAAUAAAUCUACAUCUCGGCGUACUGGAUGCAAUACACCUCAAAAAGAACCUUUAUUUAAGGUAGAAUUAUUUAACUCUGAUCCAGAAGAAAUUUCUAAUUGGAAAAUGCCAUUAAAGUCUAUCGUAACUGAUGCUAAAACAGUUUUGGUUGAAACACAACUAAAACAAAUUGGUGUAAUGGUCAUGGAAAUGAUCACAGAAAUUGUCUGUGACAAGCUUAAUCCUUUCUAUGUCAAUAAGUUUGCUACAACAAUCACAAACAAAUGGUCUUUGCUUUUUUUUGAUGUAGAUUCAAAUCCUCUUUGGGUUGUUUGUGCAGCUAGAAUUUUAGCAAGACUUUUUCAUUCUCAAGGAAUUGCUUACAUUUCAAAAUUUAAAACUGCUUCAGGAGGAUUUAUAGUUAUGCAAAAGCUUCUUCCUCAAUGGUGGAAUCUUACACAAUUAAAUCAAGUAUUAUUUGCUAUGCUUUUUGGUGUAGAUAUUUGUGAUGUUCCGUUUGAUGCACCAUUUGAUCUUUUCACUCUUCUGAAUUUGUUUAAAGGCAAAGAUGAUACAAUACAUAUAGCUUGUCCUGAAGUUUUACCAAUCAUUUUACUUAUUAUGAAAGAGGGAAUGGAUUCGUUCGUUUACUUAAGUUAUCAGACUGAAAAAGACACUAAGGCAAAGGGCAUUACAAAAGACGAUACUGAAUUAGAAAAAACUAAAACAGAACCUAAAACUCACAGGCGACGUUCACGAUCAAUUUCAGGUGAAAUCCAAACUAAGAGUGAUGAAAUAAUUCAAGUCGAGAUACCAAAUGAUCAUACGAAAGAAGCUUUAUCAAAAUUAUCCAAUAUGCAACAAACUCUUAUACAUUUUUUCACUGACCUAUAUAAUAAUUCGCCAGAAUUCAAUGAAUUAUGUUAUAAAAGUGAAGUUAUGGGUGGUUUCGUUGAUAUUUUAUUUCAUAUAAUAUGCUCUUGUGAUGAAAUUUUAGUAGAUGAAGAAUUACAUUCAAAGAAACUUGGGCUUACUUUUGAUGCAGAUACAGCUUUUGAAAACUAUGCAAAUAUUGGGUCCACAGGGGUACUUCCAGUGCUUACAAGCAUCUCACGUCAAUCAACACAAAGUUUUGAAAAAGAGCUUCAAGAAGAAUUGAAAUCGAUUCCAUCGAAGAAUUCUCAUUUGAGUGUUGUUUCUGACAUGAUUACAAUCAGUCCAUCGUCAUCACCAUUUAAUCUUAGUCCUGCUCAAAGUGAUACAGAAGAUGAAACUGUAAAUUCAUAUAAUAUUCCAAAAAUGCCACUUAAAUCUAAAUUCAAGUUUCCUAUAUAUGCUGAAAAUAAAAAUUCAACGGUGGAAAGUCUUCUUGAGUUUAUUGCUUCGAUUUGCGUAAAUUCUAUUAUUGAACUAAAGUCCAAAGCCUUGGCUGGGUUAGAAAUAGUUUUAAGAUCUUUUCCUCCAUCAUAUUUAGACAAUCAGAUCCAAUUUGAAAGUUACAUUUUGUCACAUAUUGCAGGAACUUUAAAAAGUACGCUACAACUCGAUAUUAAUUUAUUGGAUAAUCAAAGUGUUAUAUCGAAUGUUUCCAAGUUUGGACAAAUAAGCGUGGAUGCUAUUUACCAAGGAUGGUUUUUAAAUGGUCGAAAUCAAGUUUAUGAUGUGAUAACCAUUGUUCUUGAGGGGAUACAACAGAAUGAAGAUACUAAUGGAAGACGAAUAAAUGAUCCAUGCAUUUCAUCUUUAUAUCGCUCACUAAACCGUCUAAUUUUAUUCAAGCUAUCUGAACUAGAUCAAACUUCUAAUGAUGGCAAUAUCAUUAAUGAAAUGUUGGAGAAGUUGAUUUAUAAUCAAAAAAUUAUUUUUGGUCCAUAUAAUCCUGAUGUUUGGAAACUUUUGAUGCUUCAAAAACCUAUAGAAAUGUCAGGAAUUUUAAAAACACGUGUUAAAGGAAUAGAACAUAAAGAAUUACUUGAAGGAUUUUGGAAACUUUUAGAGAUGGAUGUUAAUUCGUUUUAUGAAUGGAUCGAAUCUAAAAAAACUCAAUUGGAUGUAUUAUUUUUAGAGAAUGUUUAUAAAACCUGGGAAUCUCAUGUUAUAUUUGAAACAAAAAACAGUAAAGAUGCUAUUAGGAAUUCUCAUUCAAAACGAAUGAAUAAAUUGAAAAGAAUGCAUAAAAAAUUUUUAUUUGAACAAGAUUUCUUUGAUCAAUAUUGUAUAAAAACAAAAAUGUGGUCAAAACAUAUUCAAGAUAUUGAGACAAGUCGAUAUUAUAGGUCAAUUCAAGACAAUAUUGAUCAUUACAAUUAUGUUAGAGAUGAGUGGAUAAAAACAUCAGCCGACCUAUUUCGAGAAAGAGCGCUAUGGGGACCAAAAGCAUCUAAUAAUCAUGCAAAAUGGAGGUUGGAUUUUACAGAAGGACGUUGCCGAAUGCGUAAAAAGUUAGAACAUAACAAUGAAGAUUUGAAAUUGUAUUCUUAUAAGCCAAAAAGUAGCAAAUAUGAAAAUAAAUCUCAAGAGAAUGUCAAUGAAGUCUCUGGCAACUCAAUAAUGAAUAGUCCCAAUAAAUCAUCGACAAAUUUGGAAGUUCCCAGUAUACGUAAUAAGAGAGCAAAAUCACCAGAACGUCAAAUGACUCUUACUCCUGCAAGUGAAGUGGAGGUUCCUGUAGAUGGUGUAGAAUCUGUUGACAAUAGUUAUACAGGAUCUCAGGCUGAAAUUGAUGAAGAAACAGCUUUUGAGGAAGACAAAAAUCGUAAAGUUUUAAGAUCAUUGGAACAUAAUGAUGCAGUUUUAGAUAUAUUUAACAUUAGCCGAAUUAAUGGCUUAGACGCAUGUGGCAAGUGUUUGUCAGACGGGGAGAUUGUGGAUAUUUGGGAUGCGCCCAUCAAAGAAAGGGAUCAAUAUGUACAAAUGCUUGCAUCACAUGCAGGUUAUGGUAGUAAUCCAACAGCAAAUCCUAAACCAAAAAAACACAAAAGUCGAAAAUGGUAUUUGUUCUAUUUUAAAAGAGAUAUUGCAUAUAAUAAACUUGUGGCAAGAGCUACGUUUUCGAUUAGUGGUUCUGAAUCUGUAAUAGGAACAACCGGAAAUCUUGAUGUUGGGUCACCUGCAACUCCUUUAAUAAGCCCACCAUCUGCCUUGUCAUUCAAGUUACCUAGUUUCUUUGCAAACUCUUCUCUAGCAGAGUUAACUUCAAGGUGGGAAAAAAGAGAGAUUUCUAAUUUUCAGUAUUUAAUGCACUUAAAUACUAUAGCUGGAAGAUCUUAUAAUGAUCUUACCCAAUAUCCUGUUUUCCCCUGGAUCCUUGCUGAUUACACUAGUGAAGAAUUGGAUUUAAAAAGCCCUGAAACAUUCCGUGAUUUAUCAAAACCGAUGGGUGCUCAAUCCAUGGAAAGAAAAAAGGAAUUUCAAAUUCGAUAUCGUUCAUUUGACCCUACUGCAAACGCGACAACUCCAGCAUUUCAUUAUGGAACACAUUAUUCAUCUGCAAUGAUUGUAUGCUCAUAUUUAAUUAGACUUGAGCCAUUUACUCAACAAUAUUUAAAGCUUCAGGGUGGACAUUUUGACCACGCUGAUAGGUUAUUUCAUUCAAUUUCCAAAGCAUGGUCAUCUGCAACUCGGGAUAACAUGAGUGAUGUUAAAGAAUUGAUCCCAGAAUUUUUUUAUCUUCCCGAUUUUUUGGAGAAUACAAAUAAAUUCAAUUUUGGUGUUAAACAAGCAACUGGUGAAGUUAUUGAUUCUGUGAUCCUUCCACCAUGGGCAGAUUGUGACCCUAAAAUUUUUAUACAUAAACACCGUCAGGCUCUUGAAUGUGAAUAUGUUAGUACACAUAUUCAUGAAUGGAUAGAUUUAAUAUUUGGAUACAAACAGCAAGGACCUGCGGCUGUUGAAGCUGUUAAUGUAUUUCAUCAUCUUUCAUAUGAAGGCGCAAUAGAUUUGGACUCAAUAACUGAUCCUGUUGAGCGUUCAGCAACAACUGGAAUUAUCCAUAAUUUUGGCCAAACACCACGUCAGUUAUUUGUCAAACCUCAUCCAGCAAGGCAAGCUCUGACUAACGACCCGAUUAUGUGUAAUGGACUUUAUAAAUUCCAGGAUAAUGUUGAAAAAUUAAUUCAAUCCAUGUAUCCACUUCAAGAUAUUCGAUUACAAGUCCGUGAAAUGCGUCUAUCAAAUGAACGUUUAAUUGUUGUAAGCACACAAAAGGUAUUAGUUCCGCCAAACUACACACAUUACGUCGAAUGGGGAUAUGCUGAUAAUAGUCUUCGACUUCACCAAACUGACACGAGAAAGUUAAUAGGACUAUAUGAAAAUCUUCAUUUAGAGACUAUAAGUUGUGCUUGUUUUGCUGAUGGAAGGACAUUUAUAACCGGUGGUACUGAUGCGGUUAUUUGUAUUUGGAGACUUAAAUGGUUAACAAAAGCACCAGAAUUUCGAUUUAUGGAGUGUCUAAGAGGGCAUUCAGCAAAGAUAAACUGCGUAGCAGUUUCAAGGUCUUAUAGUAUUAUUGUCAGUGGUUCAGAUGAUAUGAGUUGUAUAAUAUGGGAUUUAAACAGAAUGAAAUAUAUCAGGCAAUUAAAAAAUCAUGAAAUCGGAGUUCAGUUUGUCGCAAUAAAUGAUACAACAGGUGAUAUUAUUACAUGUAGUGGUUCGGUUAUUCGUAUAUGGACUAUCAAUGGAGAUCUUUAUGUAGAAAAAAGCAUAUCACAAUUUGCAGAUCCUAUUCAGUGUUGUAUAUUCUAUGAGGGUAAACAUAAUGAAUGGUUGUAUGAAGAUUUAAUUUUUACAGGACAUAAAAAAGGUGUAAUAAAGGUUUGGAAUAAGAGUUUGGUGCCAAAAACAACUUCUAACAAUGAGCAAAAAGGUCUGAAAUGGGAUUUAACUUUGAGGCAUCAAUUAAAACACGAAAACAGAUUUGGGCCAUCAACAACUACUAAUGUUGCUUCUUUAAUGGUUUCUGGAACUCAAAGAGUACUUUAUAGUGGAGAUUCUUCGGGAAAAGUAAAUUCUUGGGUGCUGCCUGAUGUGAAGAUUGAAAAUCACUGGAUGUCUGAUAGUAUAACAGACAAUUGUUUGACGUGCGGAAUGAGAUUUGCUGUAUUAGGUAAAUAUAGUAAGCUUUAA